AUGUCGAAAUGGGAGAAGAGAGCAUUGCAAAUGGCUGCUAUUAUUGGUAUGGGCACAUAUCCUACUGCUUUGCUUGCAUUUCAUAAUGGCUUGAUUGACUUUGGAAAAAGAACUAUCGUUUACAAUGUCUCUGACGAGAUUGUGGAUAUGGUAGAAAGUGAAUUGGAUAAAUUGAAAAAUUUGUUAAUGAAAGUUAAUACCAAUAUUGCCGUGACCGAUUCAUUGGAUCCAGAAUGGCGUGGAGGUUUUUAUUUUAGAAAUGGUUUCGAACUAUUAUUGCCUUUGCGUGCUGUAGCAAAAAAUUUGUCCGAAUUACCCAAAAUGAAACAGAUAGUUAAUGUCAAAACGAACGGUUUCCUUUUAGGCAAAAGGAAAUUUUUGGAUACUACAACGGACAUUGGAAAGCAUAUAUUUGAUGAUUAUUUUCUAUCAGAAGCAGCUCGUCGCUUUCUUAUCCGACGUGAAUUACUCAGGGCUAAUAGUCGCCAAUUUAUUUUGGUACCCGUUUCCAUGUGGAUUUUAUUGUCAAGUGUUGUGUGUUUAUCUUUCAUGUGUUUAAUGCGUUAUGGUCGCAUCGUUUCUUAUGGUUCUUUGGCUGUAUUGAUGCCGUUGGCAGCCGUUAUUUUCCAGAAUGCCAUGAGAAACUUCUUUUCACAGAGUGAAAUGAUGCUAGACUAUAAUGCUUGUGCUGAUUCUCCGGAAUAUGUGGAGGGUGCGCGUCAGUACCUGAAUUCAUCAGCUGCAACAAAUUUAAGGAUACGUAAUGCUCUAGGUGAUUUGGAAUCGGAAUUUAUUGCAGCAAAUGGUGACAGUGUUGGUGAUUCAUGGCCCUAUUCGAAACGAUUGAAAGCUAUUCAAAAAUUAGCUGCAGAACAGUCUCAGAAAAAUAAUUCUACUACCAAUAAUUCGCAUAAGUAG